AUGGUCGACAUACUGAAGAAGGACAAAACAUUCACAUUUACUGAGGCACAAAGGCUCACUUUGCUCGCAAUUAUGGAUACUUUUGUCGCACCGCUUUCUCCUCAGGAGAAAGACAUCUUAAUGAAAAAGAUAUUCUCUAUUAAACCUAGUAUAGGUUAUAAUCAACAAAUUAUCUCAGCAUUUUGUGACAUAUCUGGUUCAUCUUCUUCACUCAAUGUGAUAGAUAGAAUUGAAGAACGACUUCAAUUCGCUGCAUCGCCAAAACAACGCCAACAAUUUCUCUUCCUACUGAACAUGUUAUCUCAUCAACCUACAUUAUUUUUGCUUACAGGAGGCAGAAGUGGUAUCUUAGCACCUUCUUUGAAAGACCUAAGUCAAAAGGACAGAGAGCGUGUUCUGUUAAGCUGGAAGAAAUCGUCUUUUAGUCAGUUACGAAUGAUCUAUAACAGUUUCAUGGGCCUUUGUUUGCAAGAAACUUACUUUGGUACCGAGUCACUUGCUACAAGAUAUAUUAACACAUUUACAAACACUACAACAGAAGAUACACCUCUGCAAUAUUGCUCACCUUGGUCGUCUCAAAAAAUAAAUAAAACACACCACAAACAGCAAUCAUUCGAUGCUAUCGUUGUAGGUAGUGGUGCAGGGGGCGGUGUUGCUGCUGCAGAAUUAGCGAAAGCUGGAUUAUUUGUUCUUUUGAUUGAGAAAGGAACCUACUUCCAUCAAGACGAUCUUCAACCCGACAAUGACCGUUUUGCUUUCUUUAACAUGUACGAUAAUGGUGGUAUUACGCCUAAUGCUAAAGGCACUGUGAAUCUUAUGUCAGGUUCAACGUUUGGCGGUGGAACAAGUUUUGCAGAAGAUCUUCAAACGGUCUGUGAUCGAAUUGGAGUCAGCACCAAGAAUGUCCACCAUAACGGUCCCAAUCAAAAAUUAUUGAACGGCUGCAGAGCUCUUGGUUAUUCAGCAGACGUUGUGCCACAAAACACAUAUGGACGAGCCCAUUAUUGUGGUAAAUGCUACACCGGCUGUGCGUCAGGCAUAAAGAACAGUACGGUGAACACAUGGCUGAAGGAUGCUGCAGCUCAUGGAGCCAAAUUUUUAGACCGGACCCGUGUUACGCGCAUCUUAUGCAAGAACGAAUAUAAUCAACAGAAAAAGAAAAAGGCUAUUGGCGUUGUUUGUCAACUACAUGGGGAUCAGAACAAAGAAUAUACUAUCCAUGCCAAAUUCAUUAUUGUGGCGGGCGGGGCUCUUCAUACCCCUUGCUUAUUACGCAGGAGUGGUCUUCAAAACACCUACAUUGGUAAGGACCUUCGGCUUCAUUUAGCAACACUUUGCAUCGGCGUUUAUGAUGAAGUGGUUAAUCCUUCUGAAGGAACCUUGCUAACUGUCAUCUGUAAUGAGUUUGAGAAGAAAUACACAAAGGAAGAAGAAAAGUGCCAUCGUCAUGACGAUGGUAGCACUUACGGCUAUAAAAUUGAAUGUUUUACAAAUGGAACGGGAUUGUUUUCUGGAAUGGUUCCUUGGGAAGGGGCUGCUCAGCACAAAGAGCUUAUGUUAAGAUAUCGAAAUACUGUGACGUUAUUUGCAAUGUUGAGAGAUAAAGACUCUGCAUGCAACGUUGAAUAUGAUAAGGAUGACCCGAGUAAAGUUGAUGUUCAGUUUCAAUUGUCUCAAUAUGAUGGUGAGAAUCUGAAAGAUGGUCUCGUGGAAUUGGCAAAAAUCCAUGUUGCUGCUGGUGCGCGAAAGGUUCUUCUAUCCCAACACCCUUUUAUUCCGGAGCCCACUUUUGAAUUUCUUGCCGAAGAAGAGACGCAGAUCACGAACCCACGAUUUGUAUCAUGGUUAGAAUUAAUUAAGCGCUCUAAACCACCCGUGCCAGCUUCAGGCCAUCAAAUGUCCUCAUGUCGAAUGGGGACUUCACCGAACAAUUCAGUUACAGAAAUCACCGGAGAAACUUGGGACGCCAAGAAUCUGUAUAUUGCUGAUUCGUCGUUGUUUCCUACUGCUCUUGGUGUCAACCCUAUGGUUACAAUAGAAGCAAUAUCUCUUUCAGUUACCAAGCACAUUAUUAGGGCAUUUAAGGAACAAGAGAAGCUACCAUUACAUAAAUUAUCUAAACUGUAA